AUGACAAGUGAAUUUGAUAUGAGCAUGAUGGGAGAAUUAACCUUCUUCUUAGGCUUGCAAAUUAAGCAAUCUUCAGAAGGCAUAUUUAUACAUCAAGAAAAAUUUGCAAAGGAAUUUGUCAAGAAAUUUGGGCUGGAGUGUGCCAAGCCAAUGGAAACCCCUAUGCAUCCUAACAUCAAGCUUGACAAAGAUGAACAUGCUAGAGACGUUGAUGAGACACGUUACAGAGGAAUGAUUGGUUCUUUGAUGUAUCUAACCUCCUCAAGGCCUGACAUCAUACAAAGCGUUGAUUUUGCUGGGGACAGAAUUGAUAGAAGAAGCACAAGUGGCAUGUGUUGCUUUCUUGGCAAAUCUCUCAAUGUAUGUUCAAGAAAGAAGCAAGCAACAGUGGCACUAUCCACUACCGAAGCUGAGUAUAUUGCAGCCACUUCUUGUUGCUCUCAAUUACUAUAG